CUGAGUGUGGGAAGGGUUUCACUCAGUCGUCUGACCUGUUUAAACACCAGCGGGUUCACAGUGGGGAGAGGCCAUUCACCUGCUCUGAGUGUGGAAAGGGAUUCACUCAGUCAUCCAACCUGCUGCAACACCAGCGAGUUCAUACUGGGAAGAGGCCGUUCACAUGUCCUGAGUGUGAGAAGGGAUUCACUCGAUCGACAGGGCUGCAACAACACCAGUGAGUUCACAGGGGGGAGAGGCCGUUCACCUGUUCCGAGUGUGGGAAGGGAUUCACUCACUCAUCCAACCUGCUGAAACACCAGCGGGUUCGCACCGACGAAAGACCUCUUAAAUGCCCAGACUGUGGGAAGUGCUUUAUAAGUACCCGGGACCUGAUGUACCAUCAAAGUGUUCACACUGACGAGAGACCGUUCAGGUGCUCUCACUGUGGGACUGGGUUCAGGCGAGCAUCUCAACUCACUGGGCACCUGCGAGUUCACACUGGAGAGAGGCCGUUCACCUGCUCCCAGGGUGGGAAGGGAUUCACUCAGUUAUCGCACCUGCUGACACACCAGCGAGUUCACACUGGGGAGAGACCAUUCACCUGCUUCCAGUGUGGGAAGGGAUUCACUCACUCAUCUAACCUGCUGAGACACCAGCGAAUUCACACUGGGGAGAGACUGUUUAAAUGCCCAGACUGCAGCAAGUGUUACAAAAGUUCCAGGGAACUGAUGCAUCAUCAACGUGUUCAUACUGACGAGAGAUCGUUCAGGUGCUCUCACUGUGGGACUGGGUUCAGACGAGCAUCUCACCUCACUGCACACCAGCGAGUUCACACUGAGGAGAGGCCGUUCACCCGCUCCCAGUGUGGGAAGGGAUUCACUCAGUCAUCUAACCUGCUGAUACACCAGCGGGUUCACACAUAAAGACAGUGAUUGGAUUUUACUUUUAAUUACAUUCAGGAGUGAACGAUGUUCAUUAGGGUCUGUUUCUCUGAUGUUAAGUUAUAGGCAUUAAUGUCACGU